AUGAAUAGUGCAGCAGAAGGUAUCGACACUCCACCUGUAGCGGGCCCGUCGAAGCCCCGGAAACGGUUCGUCGGGACAUCCAAUCCGAAGCCCAGGUCCACGCCGAUCAGGCGGGUCGCGAACCAGAUCCCGGAUGAUAUCUUGCAUGAUCCCGAGCUGAACGCUGCUAUCGCGGCUCUCCCGAGCAACUACAAGUUCGAGAUUCACAAGACUGUCCAUCAUAUACGGCGAGAUGGGGUCAAGACGGUGGCUUUGCAGAUGCCCGAGGGGUUGAUGGUGUAUGGCUGUGCAAUAGCGGAUAUCGUCGAGGAAUUUACAGGGGCUCUCCCGCUUUUGCUGGCAGAUGUCACGUAUGGCGCAUGCUGUAUCGACGACUUUACAGCCAAAGAGAUGGGCGCGGAGAUGAUUGUGCAUUAUGGUCACUCAUGUCUCAUACCUGUCUCCCAAACAUCCAUCAAGACACUAUACAUUUUUGUUGAAAUAGCGAUCGACACACCCCAUCUCGCUCUCUCCGUUCGCCGCAACUUCCCUUCAUCUCGCGCAGCAUUCCACCGGGUCGUCCUUGGCGCCUCUACAGCCGAGCCCGGUGCGGCCGUACCUAUCGCUCUCGACCCGUCAGACGCUACUCGGCGAGACGAGGGCGAGUCUGACCCUGCCGAAGGGAACCUACCGACGAGACUGGCGCUGGUAUCGACGAUACAGUUCGUGGCUGCCGUCCAGUCGCUAAAGGAGGGUUUGUCGGAAGCGCUGCCGCCGCUGGAGAAGGAGCAAGGGGAGCUCGAGGGCGAUGCAGCGGUCAUGAACGUCAAGAAAAGGGAUGUGGGGGUAUGGAGGGGAAAGUACGACAUCACGGUACCGCAAAGCAGACCGCUCAGCCCGGGAGAGGUUCUGGGGUGUACGGCGCCGAAGCUGGAAGCCAUGGACGCUCUCAUAUAUGUCGGAGACGGCAGAUUCCACCUCGAGUCCAUCAUGAUCGCCAAUCCAACUGUCCCUGCAUUCCGCUACGACCCGUACUCGAAGAAAUUCACACGAGAGACCUACGAGCACAAGGAGAUGCGGAUGGUGCGGGGAGAUGCGGUACGGAAGGCGAGGAAGACAGAGAACGGUAGCGGAUCAUGGGGUGUCAUAUUGGGUACAUUAGGCAGGCAGGGCAGUCUGAGCGUUCUCAAGACCAUCCAAACCUCGCUCCCAACAUCCUCCCCCACUUCCUCCCCCACUUCCUCCCCACCCUACAUGCUUCUUCUCUCGGAACUCUCGCCUGCCAAACUCGCCCUCCUUCCCCAGCUAUCGGUAUUCGUCCAGACUUCCUGUCCCAGACUCAGUAUAGACUGGGGAUACGCCUUCGACCGGCCCCUCUUGAGUCCGUACGAGGCGUCUGUCACUGUUGGGAGGAUACGCGGGUGGGGCGGGCUGGAUCUGGGCGAAGGCGGGAUGGGGCUGGAGAAUGGGGAAGGAGGCUAUCCGAUGGACUUCUAUUCGGAUAAGAGCUUGGGACCUUGGACGCCUAGACAUCGGGCGGAGGUCAAGGCAUGA